CUUGCCACUCUACUUUUUGUUAUUUGGAUUUCUUCCUCAAAUGUCUGCGAAUCACAAGUCUGGCUGGCUGCUCUACCGCUUUGGCAAGGGCAUCAUCGACGCGUCUGCCCCGUCCCCAGCGCUCCAGGAGGUCUGGGUCGAGCUCAAGGACGAUCGCCUCGUCGCAAAGAAGCUCACAGACAAGAGCGGCAUUGUGGCUGCGCCGGCAAGCUCAGGACGCGCUUCUGUCGUCAAUGACUCUGAUACUCGCUCCGUCAAGGUCGUCAAGAGCGCCACUGGUCUCGACUUUUCCAUCAAGGGCGGCUCCGAGCACAGCCUGCCAAUCCUGAUUUCGCGCAUUUUCGAGAACGGCGCCGCUGCCAAGACUGGCGAGCUCCACACUGGCGACACUAUCCUGGAAGUCAACGGUGUCAACCUGGAGAACGCUACGCACGAGCAAGCCGUCGCUGCGCUCAAGGGCGUCGACCGAAUUGCCAUCAUCAAGGUGCGCUUCAACAGCCAGGCCUCGGCUCACCUCGGCGAGCAGGUCGACACCAAGAAGAAAGCCUCGGCUGCGUCUGCUUGGAGCGACGCGGGCGCCCCCGACCCAACCAAGCUGUCCGAGUUCCACUCGGUCUCCCUCCACAACGUGAUUAUCACCCGUUACGCUGCUCGCACAGACAACUUUGUCGACAACUCUGUCAUCAUCCGCGCGCCUGACAACAUUACUGCGAUUGAAAUUGUUGGUCGCAACGAGGAGGAGAUUAACGAAUGGUUCAACCAGCUCUCCAGGGCUGUUUCCAACCUGCACCUUCACACUCUGAGCUUGCAAAGCAAGAAUGUUCCCGAGCCGUUCAGCGGCAAGGUCAAGAAGGCUGGCUUCAUUUCUCAGUACGUCGAGGGCGUCUGGCGCUACUACUUUGCUGUCAUCACCGAUUACGAUUUCAGCCUCUACCUGACUGUUCCGUCAACCCUGUCGCGCCCGCAAAAGAGCUACUCGUUGGUCGACUCGCGUCUGUUUGUGGUGGACGAGCCCUCGCGUCGCGUCGAUCGCAAGGAGUGGGGCAUUAUUCUGUACACUGCCACUGGUUACGCUCUUCAUUUUGCUGGUGAGAGCAAGGAGGACCGCUUUGCCUGGGUGAAGGCUCUGCACAGCAGCACUCUCCGCGCCGCCCGUAUCAGCGAGAGCCUGAUCUUUGAAGGCAACUACCACGCGAACGAAGUCGCGCUAUCCCUCCUCUGGGAUGACGGCCUUAAGCUCUCCAAGAACAUUGAUGGCGUUCUUCGCGGCGAGGUGUGGAAGUACAAGCUCAGCCAGCUCGUCGCUUCCAGCCACCAGGGCAACAAGCUGGUGCUUGUGUUUGCACCGAGCAACGGGCGAUCGAACGAAACGGUCACAGAGGAGAUUGAGUUUGCAAACGUCCGGUCCGUCAUGCACACCUUGUACAAUGUUUUGCAGGCGAAGGUGUCGGAACUCGAGCCCAUCAUUUCGCCCGCCAUUCAGCCGAAGGCUGCUGCCAUCCGCGCUUAAAACCUCUUCUAUGUGGACACUGACUGGACAAGUGUCUUUUUUGCUUUUUGUGAUUGAACUUUUGACUUUUGAGCAUGAAUUAAACAAAAAUACUACGCCA